AUGGUGUCUUUCAAGAUCCUCCACAUAGUCUGGGCCUUGUGCCUCUUUUGGAUCACCCAGUCCCAUGCCGCACCCGUUAACGUGACCGAGGAAGCUGCCGUCUCCAUCAGCGGCAGCGGAUAUAACAAUGUGGUCUAUUUUACGAACUGGGCUAUCUAUGGUCGGAACUACCAGCCCCAAGAUCUUCCCGCAUCUCAGAUUACCCAUGUCUUGUACUCGUUCCUGAACCUCCGACCUUCGGGAGAGGUAUACGCUUCCGAUACCUAUUCUGAUUUGGACAAGCACUACCCAACCGAUUCCUGGAACGAUGUCGGACACAACGCCUACGGCUGCGUCAAGCAGCUCUACCUCCUCAAGAAGGCCAACCGCAAGAUGAAGACCCUUCUCAGCAUCGGCGGCUGGACCUGGUCCACCAACUUCCCCGCCGCCGCUAGCACUGCUGCCUCCCGAUCCCUAUUCGCGAAGAGCGCCGUCACCAUCAUGAAGGACUGGGGAUUCGACGGCCUCGACAUUGAUUGGGAAUACCCCGCCGACGCGACCCAGUCUCAGAACUUCAUCUUGCUUCUCAAGGCCGUGCGCCAGGAGUUGGAUUCCUACGCUGCUCAGCAUGCCCCUGGCUAUCACUUCCUCCUGACCAUUGCCUCGCCUGCUGGACCCGACCACUAUAACGUGAUGGAUCUCAAGGGUGUUUCUGACGUUAUCGAUUCGUUCAACCUCAUGGGAUACGACUUUGCCGGUUCUUGGAGCUCCUUCUCCGGCCACUUGGCAAAUCUCUAUGCCGAUCCCGGAAACCCCAACGCCACUCCAUUUUCGGUUGACAAGGCUGUCCAGGACUACAUUGCGGCCGGCGUCCCGAGGAGCAAGAUCGUUCUCGGCAUGCCCAUCUACGGACGCUCCUUCCAGCAAACCAGCGGUAUCGGAGCAUCUUACUCGGGUGUCGGCUCCGGCUCCUGGGAGAACGGCGUCUGGGAUUACAAGGCCCUCCCCAAGUCCGGAGCUACAGUCAUGUUCGAUUCGACGGCCCGCGGCGCCUACAGCUACGACAGCGCCUCGAAGGAACUCAUCUCCUACGACACACCCGCCAUGGUGAGGGAGAAGGUCGACUAUCUUAAGCAGCUCGGCCUUGGCGGGUCGAUGUUCUGGGAGGCCAGCGGCGACAAGACCGGUCAGGAUAGUCUAAUCUGGAACAGCUAUGAUGGCCUUGGUGGUGCGGGCGGUGUUGAUUCGUCUUCGAAUCUGCUGAGCUACCCCGAUAGCCAGUAUGACAACAUCAGGGCUGGAAUGCCGUGA